AUGAACGCCUUAUCUAAUAGAAAUAGUAUUGGUAGUGCGAGUAAUAGUGAUGGAACAUCGGAUAAUACUGUUCCUUCGCAAUAUAAAAUACUCACAUUGACGUUUAAUCAAGAUAGCACAUCAUUGGCUAUGGGUACAUUGAAGACAUAUGCUUUAUAUACGAUUAGUCAAGACAAUAAAUUUGAUGAAAUUCAUGAUUGUGCUUAUGAUGAUGUUCGUAUUAUUGAACGUUUAUUUUCAAGUUCAUUAAUUGCACUUGUUAGUAAUCAAGCACCACGUAAAUUAAAAGUGUGUCAUUUUAACAAAGGUACAGAAAUCUGUGCAUAUUCAUUUCCGAAUUCUAUUCUUACUGUUAAAUUAAAUCGUUCGAGACUUGUUGUCUGUUUGGAAGAAAGUAUUUAUAUUCAUAAUAUGCGUGAUAUGAAAGUAUUACAUACAAUUCGUGAUGUACCAACAAAUUCAGAUGGACUUUGUGCAUUAUCAUCCAAUGAUAGUAAUCCUUAUUUAGCUUAUCCAGGAAGUUCAAUAACGGGUGAAAUACAAAUAUUUGAUACUGUCAAUUUAAAACCAGGUAUUAUGAUAAGUGCUCAUGAAAGUUCACUUGGUGCAAUUGCAUUUGAUGCGACUGGUUCUAUAAUAGCAACAGCUUCAAAUAAAGGAACAGUUAUUCGUAUUCACAAUGUACUUGAUGGUUCACGUUUAUUUGAAUUUCGUCGUGGUGUUCGACGAGUUGCAACUAUUUAUUCAUUAGCAUUCAGUCCUGAUUCAAUGUUUUUAGCAGCAUCGAGUAAUACAGGAACCAUACAUAUAUUUCGAUUAAUGAAUCAAAAAGAAAAACCAGUUGAGGAAACAAGUUCAUGGAUGGGAUCAUUUAGUCGUAUGUUAGGUGAUGUUGCGUAUUAUUUACCAAAACAAACAUCAGAAGUUUUAACACAAGAUCGUGCAUUUGCAACUGUACAUUUACAAUCAGCAGGAACAAAAACCAUUAUAGCUAUGAAUAUUUUGAAUAAAACAUUGAAACUAUUUGUUGCUGGUUAUGAUGGUGUCGUUUGUGUCUAUGAAAUAAAUACUCACGAUGGUGGUGAAUGUAAAAAAAUUAAUCAAUAUCUUUUAUUUAAAAUGACUCAAAAUUCAAAUGAGAGACAUAAUUCUAUUGCUGAUAAUUCCACACGAAUUUAUUCAUCUAAUUUAUUAAGAAAAGAUAGCACAGCAAGUUCAUUGACAAACGAUAAACCUCUUAAUGAUCAAACUUAUGAUACUGCAAUGGGCGAACCAAGUUAUCCUCAAUUACCAUCACUGCCACUUCCACCAUCACACGAUGAUAAUGAAUAA